AUGACAAUAUGCUUGGCAACAGUCCUCUGUUUCGGGAUUGCUACUCACAGCAAUGCGAAGGAACUUACAUUAGACGAUAUUUUCCCAACAGAUCGGGUUAUAGAUGUACAGAUUACCGUUUCGGAGCAGGAUUGGGAUACGAUUCGGUAUCAGUCACGGAAUUUUAUGAGCGCGCUGAAUGAGAGUCGGCAAUUUGCGCCGAUCGAACAUCCGUAUACGUAUGUUGAAGCAAGUGUGAGCAUUGACGGUGUGGUAUUCCCAAAAGUCGGGAUCCGCAAAAAAGGGUUCAUCGGUUCGCAAAGCAAUACACGGCCUUCUCUCAAGAUCAAACUAAAUCACAUUGACAAAGAGGCUGAGAUUGAAGGAUUAACAAACCUCACACUUAAUAAUAACCAACAAGAUAUGAGCCAAGUUAGCCAAUUUAUGGGCUACGCGCUGUUUAAUGCAACCGGAUCCCCCGCACCGCGGUGCGCUUACGCGAAAGUGACGGUGAACGGCAAAAGUCUUGGUAUCUACUCCCAUGUGGAGAGCAUGCGCAAACCGCUGCUGAAACGUGCAUUCGGAAAUAACAAAGGCACGCUCUACGAAGGCACUGUCGUCGAUUUUAACAAGGAGUGGGAGAAUAGUUUUGAACAUAAAAGGGGCGACGAUGCACUCGGCAGAGAAAAAAUCAUAGCGUUAAUCGAUGUGCUUGCAGAUGACCAAGUAACGGAAGAAGCUAUUGGCGAACUCGUCGAUUUAGAUAGUUUUUAUCGGUUUUGGGCAGUAGAAAGCCUGCUCGGUUUCUGGGAUAGCUACUCUGGAAACAAUAAUAACUUCUUUAUCUAUCUCAACCCGGAGACAGACAAGUUUCACUUCCUACCGUGGGGUGCGGAUGCGCUGUUUACAAACUUUAGUAUGGUUGAGUUCCAGAGAAAUUCACGCGCACCGAUCUCCGUCAAGACACAAGGGUUGGUUGCGCACAGACUUUAUCAGCUUGAGUCAGGACGCGAACGGUAUGCGAAAACAAUGACAGAACUUCUCAAAAAUCAUUGGAAUGAGACAGAACUGUUAGCUGAAUUAGACAGAAUCGCUGCAAUGAUUCAGCCGCAUCUGAUACCUGGACAACGUGCCUUUAAGGGAGAAGAAUGGCCGGAGAAAAACGUUACUUUUGAGGACACACUUGAGACAGUCAGUCACUUUAUUCGCACCCGUGAAAGCGACAUAUUGCAGGAGAUUGCCGACGGAAUGCCUCUCUGGAAAAAGAAACCGCGCCCACCAUUCGUUAUGGGACCCGAUGGGUUUGACAUGAAGCAAUUUAUCCAAUUGCCUGAAGAAGGUUUGUGGCAUGCCGCACGCAUCGGCGAUAUUCCAGCGAUGAAACGCUACAUCGCAGAAGGUGCCGAUGUCAACGCACCAGAUGAUGAUUUAAACCUAUCUCCAUUAGCAUGGAGCGCACUUCACGGACAAACUGAAGCGGCUCGCCUCCUUAUCGAAAAUGGUGCUGAUGUUAAUAUGAAAGACGGUAAAAGGAGUACACCGUUGCACAGUGCAGCAGUGUUCGGCAGAGCGGGUGUCGCGAAACUUCUCCUCGAAAACGGCACAGACCUCCAAGCACGCAACGAUGAUGGCGCGACACCAGCAGAUUCGUUGCAUCUUGAUUGGAGAACUACUACUUUCAUUGGUAGCUUGGUAGGCGUUGAGGUCGGACAGGAAGAGAUCGCAACCAUGAAAACAGGUCGGAACGAAAUUGCGAAACUCUUCGGGGUUGACGACACGUUCGACGAAGCAGGCACAUCCCAACCACAGAUGUUAUCAGGAGCGGUGUUCACCGGCGACCUUACAGCGGUUAAACAGGCUUUAGCAGAUGGGGCGGACCCUAACGCGCAAGAUCCACAGUCUGGAAGCACGUUGCUGGCUACCGCUGCACUGAUGGGGCAUACGAAAGUUGUAGCACUCCUUCUUGAACACGGCGCAGAUAUCAAUGGGAGAAGCCGGGACGGUGGAACAGCACUCCACGCGGCGGCUUUCCUCGGACGUAUUGAGACAGUGAAAUUCCUACUUGAAAAGGGUGCGGAUGCCAACCUCCAGAGUAACAUCGGCGGCACCGCGAUGGAUGGGGCAAAACUGGACUGGGAGUUUACCAAAGCCAUCAUCAGUAUGAUACAAAUUGAGGUGGAUGAGGCAGAGGUGAAAGCAGGCAGAACCAAAGUUAUCGAACUGCUCUCUAAACAACCGAAGAACGUAUCUCCAUCACACAACUUAUGGAAAGCAGCUUCGGCAGGCGAUCUUUCGGCUAUCAAUGAUGCGUUAGGCGAUAGCGCGGAUCUGAACGCAUUGGAUUCGCAAUUCGGAAUAACCCCCUUGGGAUGGGCUGCACUGAAUGGACAGACCGAAGCAGCUAAAUUGCUCAUUGAAAAAGGGGCUGAUGUCAAUGCUCGGAACCGAGACGGUACCACUCCGUUGCACUCGGCGGCUUUUCUCGGACGUAUCGAAACGGUAAAAUUACUUCUUGAGAACGGCGCAGAUACAACGCUCCGGAGCAAUGACGGUACCAUUCCCACGGACGUGGCGCGCCUCGAUUGGCAGUUGACACAGUUUGUAGUUGGAUUAUUGCAAAUGGAAGUGGACGAGACAGAGGUGAAAGCGGGUAGAACCGAGGUUAUAAAACUUAUCUCCCAACAUAAUAAGAAAUAG